AUGCUAAUGACCUUCUUCACGUCCUCCCGCACCCCUCUCUUCUCCACAUCCUGGACACCCACCACCAGCGGGCAAUACGCCGGAACCUGUAUUUUCCUCAUUGCACUGGCAGCGGUGUUCCGUGCGCUCGUAGCGAUCCGGUUUAAUCUGUUUGCGGUGUUGGAGAGGGUCAAGGGGAGGAGGGGAGUUGUAUCGGCAGUGGGGAAUCGGGGGAGUGCGGGGUUGGAAGGGGAAGGGGGCGAGGGAAAGCAAGGGAGAAGGGGGAGGACGGCGGAAUGGAGACCCUGGAGAGCGGAUGAGGCGGUUUGGAUUGCGAGUUUCGAUGUGGUUAUUGCGGGGGUGUCGUAUUUACUCAUGAUAGCCGUCAUGACGAUGAACGUGGGAUACUUCAUGUCUGUUCUCGCCGGCGUUUUCCUGGGUAGUCUGGCUUUUGGCAGGUUCAUGGCAAAGGCGGCGGCGCAUUAA